AUGGCGGCUUCUUUGCAGAUGUGCCGCUUAUCUGGCUUGGUUGAUCCCCGGAGCCGCACCUCCAGCACCCGCAGAGGCGCGGUGAGGUUGGUACCCGUGAGGUGCGGCGGAGGGGAGAGCGGCUCGGGAUCAGCGGCGGUGGAGUCCGAUUUCGAUGCGAAGACCUUCCGACGGAAUCUAACCCGGAGCGAGAACUACAACCGCAAGGGAUUCGGCCACAAGGAGGAGACCCUCCAGCUCAUGAACCGCGAGUAUACCAGUUGGGUAUCUUACACUCCAGCUGUUCUCUAUCCGUAUGUCCGAUUCCUUGAUAGGGUCAUCGACGGAUGCAGGAAUUAGAUUCAGUUGGAAAUGCCGAGGUUUAUUUCCCUACCCCUUCUAUCCUCUUACCUGUCCUGCUGUUUUGCCCUGGAAAUUAUCAGGUGACGUGAUCAAGACGCUCAAGGAGAACAACUACGAAUACACUUGGGGAAGCGUGACGGUGAAGUUGGCGGAGGCCUAUGGUUUCUGCUGGGGAGUGGAGAGGGCAGUUCAGAUUGCAUAUGAAGCAAGAAAACAGUUCCCUGAGGAAAGAAUAUGGAUCACGAACGAGAUCAUUCACAACCCUACCGUCAACCAGGUGAAAGGCACUGCUUUUGGUGUUUGUUCAUCUACUUUCAUGGGAAAAUGGGUUUGAGUAAUUUAUAAAUCAGUGGUGUAUAUAAAUAUAUAUUCUUGGAAGAAUGUUUAUCUUUUGUUCACAUGAAGACCAAUUGUUCCAUCUCUGACGUUCCAGAAGAUCGGAUGCAAUAUCGUAAUUUGAAGUUUGAUUUCCUUGCCGCCUAUUGUCGCAUCUGAACCGUAGAAUGACUAAAUGAUGAGCAAAUGAAGGUAGAGAUUGAUCUCACGGUAUAGUUUUUAUGUAGAACAGCAUCGAAGGAAGCGAGAGGGGUCCGUAAGGAGUAGCCAAAAAGGCCCAUGAGGAUGAAACGUGGAUGGCUGAAAUGCAACAGCAUGUUCCCUUCAGAGAUCCUUCUUUCUUUUCUGUCUGUAGUUUUAUUUCCAGAUAUUAUUUUUAUCUUCUAGGAAAUCCUUUCUCUCUGUAGUUUCUAUUUCCAGAUAUUGUUCUUUAGAAGAUAAAUAACUAAUUAUUUCCUGUUUUAACUAGCGCGAAAUGUAUAAUUGGAUGGAUUUUCAAACCAAAAUAGUAUCUUGAUGUCGCCUUCUCCUUGUAGAUUUGAUUAUAGCUCCUUUCCUUCCUUGAGAACGUAAAGGAACUCCCUUUUUUAUCCCCAUGGGUGAAGGAUUUCCUCCCCUAUUGUUCUUUCCGGGGGUUCAAGGAUUUCAAUCUUCCUAGUAAAUUCAAGGUUCAGUUUUCAUCUCAGGGUUUCCUCUGCAUCAACUCAUCUGCCCCUCUAUAGAGGGUUAGUCCACGAGAGAUCUGCUCCUCAGCUGAAACUUCAACCCAUCUUUUGUUAAAAGAAACUUUACAUCUGAAGUCCAGCAUCCCCCUUCACCAUCAUGAUCUUCCUAGUUUUAGUAUAGCUGGAUUUUAUUUUUUUUAGAUUACUAUUAAAUUAAUGGUUCAGGGGCGCUGUACUCUUUGCGUUUCUAGAGAAGAUCAGCCUUUCCAUCCGCUUUGUGAUACUGAGAAGUUUCAUAUUGCAGAGGAUGGAAGAGAUGGAGGUGAAAAAUAUUCCUCUUGAUGAAGGGAAGAAGGUGUUUGAUGUCGUUGACAAAGAUGAUGUCGUUAUAUUACCCGCAUUUGGGGCGGCAGUGGAGGAGAUGAAGAUUUUGAGUGAAAAAAAUGUUCAGAUAGUUGAUACAACCUGCCCAUGGGUUUCCAAGGUGAGUAACUAUUUCCUUGGAUCAUACAACAACAAAUUUUUAAUUUUUUUCCCCUUUCUUUGCAUUUCGAAAUUGAUUUUCUAUCUCCACUUAAAUUUUCUAAAAGGUCUGGAACACGGUCGAAAAGCACAAAAAAGGUGAUUAUACCUCAAUAAUCCAUGGAAAGUAUUCCCAUGAGGAGACCAUUGCAACUGCAUCAUUUGCAGGGAAGUAUAUCAUCGUGAAGAACAUGUCAGAGGUUGAAUCAAAAAUCUUUUUUUUUAUUGUUUAGCUAAUUUGUAAUAUGUUUUUCUUGUGCAAGUAUUUAUUUUCAUCAUGAUUUUGUGACUGAAGGCGAUGUAUGUAUGCGACUAUAUUCUUGGAGGUCAACUCGAUGGAUCGAGCUCAACAAGGGACGAUUUUUUCCUGGUGCCGUACUCUCUUAUGCUCUGUUUUAUUACUCAUAUCCGGACGUAAAUGUAGGUUCAUUACGGAAUAUCUCUGUACCCACCUACAGAAAUUCAAGAACGCCGUCUCUGCUGGAUUUGACCCAGACGUUGAUUUAGUCAAAGUUGGGAUUGCGAACCAAACAACAAUGCUCAAAGGAGAAACAGAAGAGAUUGGUGAGCCUCAUCAAUGUAUUCUGAAUUUCAAGAUUCAUUCCUCUGUUUCAAUUGAACUUGAAGAUUUAAUUUCUUUUCUUUUCUACUCCAGGGAAAUUGCUCGAGAGGACCAUGAUGCAGAAGUAUGGCGUCGAGAAUGUCAACAGCCAUUUUAUAAGCUUCAACACAAUCUGCGAUGCUACCCAGGUCAACCCCCACCCUUAUCAGUGAUUUUCCGUAAAUGUGAAAAAAAACAAUAAAUAUUUCAGCUUUGAAUGCCAAUAUCUUGUCAGUAGUUAAUUUUGGGAUGUUAAUCUCUGAACGUGGGUUAUGUUUUGAACAGUUAUUUAUGUACCAUUAGUUCCUCCUUUUAUCGUCCCAAAGUGGCGCAGCUCUUUGGCAGAAAACCUGAUGUCACCAUCUUUGUGCAGGAGAGACAGGACGCAAUGUAUAAGCUAGUCGAGCAGAAGGUGGACCUCAUGUUGGUGGUUGGUGGAUGGAAUUCCAGCAACACCUCGCAUCUUCAAGAGAUUGCUGAAGUCAACGGGAUCCCCUCCUACUGGAUCGACACCGAGAAGAGAAUUGGUCCUGGGAAUAAGAUAAGCUAUAAACUGAACGUAAGCCCUUCAAGUCAACGCCGCCACCCACCCACCCAUCAAAAUUCUUGUGCUCGACCAUUAUUUAUACACGUGUGUCCCUGAAUCCGUGGCAGCAUGGGGAGCUUGUGGAGAAGGAGAACUGGCUACCUCCGGGCCCCAUCACCAUUGGGAUAACUUCAGGCGCUUCGACCCCAGAUAAGGUAACUUUUGCACCCCUGAUACUUUUUGUCUUGCCAUUUUUCCAUUUCAUGAGGAAAUUUAUCAUACUUUACUAAAAAAGAAAAAUAAAUGGCUGAAUCUCACACCCUUCCUCAUCAUUUCGCAUGCACUUUAUGUCCAUGCUGGUUAAACAUUGUUCUUCCCAAUUUUUAUGCCUAUUAGUGACCUCAUUCCUGUCAAUAUUCUUUCUUCACCCACUUCAACUCAUUCAUUGCUACAUGAAAAGUAAACAAAAAAAUAAAAAUAAAUCAGAACAUAACGUGAUUUUACAGGAUAUCUUCUCUUUAAUGGAAUGAACCUUAAAAAGAAAAAAUAUUUCAUGAUUUGCGUAAAAUCAUAUAAUUGGCGGCCUGGCAGCUCCGAACUGGUUUCGUUUGACCGACGACACCAGGCAGGAAAGGAGCUGGGCCGCCACAUGUGAAGGUACACAGCGAGCGACCUUCCAGGUCAAACCGUAAUGAAACAAAACCUGAACCAGAUUCAGCUCGGGCGGGGCAGAUUCUUUUUCCUUCGAGGCAUGACAAUUUUGAGACCCAAUUCGAAGAAAUCUGGAGUCGGGCCCCGGCUACGACUUGACCCCAAGCAUUCCCUCUCCUUUCGACAGCUGAUCCGAGUCAACUCCCGUUCAUUUGCUCCCUUGAACACGUGGGAUUUAUGAGCUUCCGCCCCCAUGAUCCUUGUGCAGGUCGUUGAGGAUGUUCUUGUGAAGGUCUUCAACAUCAAACGCCAGGAAGCUCUGGAGGUGGCCUGA